AUGAUCCUGGCACGCCCCGUUGCUGCGGAGUCCCCUCAGUGCUGCCAAUGGGGUGUGCUUUGGCACACCGCCGCCGGGCGGAUUGGGCGCCGGCGCAGAUCCGGAGGAGAGAGGCACAAAGGAUGCAUGCCGCUUACGGAGUCGAAGGCGCAUGCCCACAAUACGCCCAAUGGGCGGGCAGCCCGUAGAGCUCGGAGUGCGGCCCGGCCGCGCCGCCCCCUUGUUUGGGCACCAGGCACGCGCCCGUGCAGCGUGAAGUGUGGCGGCCGCUUGGUGGCGUGCGGCUGUCGAGCGGAGUGCCAGGCCACGGAACAGGGCCCCGCUGAGCUCCUGCCGCGCGUCCCGGUCACGUCAAGCAGACGCGCCGCCGCCGUGUUUAGCAACUUCCUGUCUCUCCUCCGCGCGCUUGAAACGGGUCCGACCCGAGCCACCGACGGGGUGCUCCACCGUGGUGCGUGCCCGCGCUUUAACUUCGUUUUUUGUGCACGCCGGCGCCCCUCACACAUAACGAGGCGACUGGUGGAGUUGCGGAAGAAGCUGUGGGGAUAG